AUGGAAUUCGAGGUGAAGCAUGGCAAUGAAGAUACGCUGCGUGAAAUGUUGCGAAUCAAGCGAUCAGUACAGCAAACGUACAACACAAGCGUGAAGCACAUGUCAGCACAGUUGAUAGCAGCUGGAGCAGCAAAGUCUGCCGAAGAAAUCAAGUCAGCGAACGCCAUGCAGCUACUGGAUAAACAGUCAGACAAGCCAUCUGGUAAUAUUGCCUUCGUCCGAGGUGCAAGCAAAACCACUCAAAUGGAUACCACGGAGAAUCCGGACGAGAUCAAUAUUGAUGAUGACGAUGAAGACGAUGAUGUUGCUCCCAUUGAAACCCAGUCAGUACCAGCUGCCGUGUUCGGUGAUUUGAAGCGACCCGAUCAAGAAGAAACGUGA